GCAGAAAUGUGACUUCAGUGGCGGUUGCUGGAGAAGCUGGAGAAUCCGUCCGGCUGUGGGGCUGCCGGUGCGGUGUGUAUAUUUAAAAAAGGAUGAUUAAAGCAGUUUCAGCUCAGUUCCGGUGUCCAGGAGUUUAGGUCUUACCAAAGAGAGAAAAAUGAGAACCCACCUGGUCCUCUCAUUUCUCCUCUUCUUUGUGAUCGGCUAUGGCUCCUCAGAGAAUGCCAGCACUUCUCGAGGCUGUGGGCUUGACCUCCUCCCUCAGUACGUGUCCCUGUGCGACCUGGAUGCCAUUUGGGGGAUCGUGGUGGAGGCAGUGGCAGGGGCAGGGGCCCUCAUCACACUGCUGUUGAUUCUGAUCCUCCUGGUGAGAUUGCCAUUCAUCAAGGACAAAGAGAAGAAGGGGCCCCUGGGCCUGAACUUUCUCUUCCUUCUGGGAACCCUAGGGUUGUUUGGACUGACUUUUGCAUUCAUUAUCCGAGAGGAUGAGACCAUAUGCUCAGCGCGUAGGUUCCUGUGGGGGGUGCUUUUUGCCCUGUGCUUCUCAUGCUUGCUCAGCCAGGCAUGGCGAGUCCGGAGGCUGGUGCGCCAUGGGAAAAGCCCCUCAGGCUGGCAUCUCACUGGUAUGGCCAUAUGCCUGAUGCUGGUCCAGGUCAUCAUUGCCACAGAGUGGCUAGUCUUGAAUGUGGUCCGGGAUAAAAAGCUAGCCUGCAGCUAUGAACCCAUGGAUUUUGCAUUGGCCUUAAUUUAUGACAUGGUUCUGCUGGUGGCGACCCUGGGUUUGUCCCUCUUCACUCUCUGUGGGAAAUUUAAGAAGUGGAAGAAGAAUGGAGUGUGCCUCAUCCUUACCGCCUUCCUCUCCAUUCUGAUCUGGGUGGCCUGGAUGACCAUGUACCUUUUUGGCAAUGCAGAACUAAGGAAAGGUGACGUGUGGAGUGAUCCCACCCUGGCCAUUGCUCUGGUGUCCAGUGGGUGGGUGUUUGUCAUCUUCCAUGCUAUUCCUGAAGUACACUGCUCAAUCCUUCCAUCGCAGCAAGAGAAUACACCCAACUACUUUGACACAUCACAGCCUAGGAUGCGGGAGACAGCAUUUGAAGAGGACGUUCAACUUCCCCGGAGCUACAUGGAAAACAAAGCUUUUUCAAUGGAUGAACACAAUGCAGCUCUACGAACUGCAGGAUUUCGAAAUGGUAGUCUGGCAAACCGACCCAGUGCUCCAUUUAGAAGCAAUGUUUAUCAGCCCACUGAGAUGGCAGUUGUGCUAAAUGGUGGGACUAUCCCAACCGCUCCGCCAAGUUACACUGGAAGACACCUUUGGUGAAAGGCUUUUACAAAGUUCCAGAGAAUAAGAAUCUCUAUUACAGAUUUUAUUCCCUGGCUGAGUCUUUCUGGGGGAGAAAUCAAUAACAAUGGCGGAACAAAGUCACCGCUCAUCCUGGAGCUUUCAGAAUCCCAGAUAAUGGGAUUUCAUGUAAAUGUGAACACUGGUGAACUGAUAAGCUAACCACUCACAAAAUACCAAACCAACCAACGAUUUUGCAAACUAAAGCAAAGCUAAUUUCCUGUAGAAUUAGGCUCACUCUUAAAAUGCAACUGGGGAGACUGCAUCCUCCAAGUGUAGAAGAACCAAAGUCACAGUGACUGCUAAGCAGACCUGAUUUGCUUUCAGUGCAGGUUUCCUUGUAGGGCCUCUCCCAAUGGCAAGUGUUGAUCCAGGCUGCCUCCCUCAUGAGGUUGGCAUUUUAUUGCUAAAGCAUUCAGAGGAGUUUUCUCACUUUUUUGCUAGUUGGUUUAUGUGUUUGUUGUCAGGAGUCAGAGAGAGUAAUUUGUUUAUCAGUUUUGUGAGUGUGUAUCUGCAGAUGUACUUAGAUUAUGGGGCCUUUUAUUGAAGGUGGGGGCCCUGGUUAACGUUGAGAGAAGCACUGCAUUACCUGUGAAAAUGCAAGAAACACUAUUAGUGAAGGCUCCUCCUCCCAUUCUGAAGAAGUGAAUGGUAUCUGGUUGUUGGUUUAACAUGGUAUUAGACUGGUGUUUGUUGUUCAUGCCCCAUACCUGUGAUAUUCCGAUUAAGAGAACAGACAGGCUCCAAAAUGGGGCCAGAGGUAGACAUGACCUGUGUCAUGUGGCACCAGACUAAAGUUCUCAGUGUUAUCAAGCUUCUCUCCUCCCAUUCCACAUCCCCAGAAGCCGACUGAGAACCUGGUGGCAUAAGCAUCUUUCUGAUUUAUCUAUAUUUUAUAUCCAGAUGUGCCAAUGGGGCCACCAGCUCAGAAAGCCAAAGGGGGAUGAGCCUUAUCAGGUUUGCCACAGACCUAUGUGAUAUGGCUUUCCCAGAGUCCCAUAAAAUGGUGUAUCAAGGGUCCUACUGCUUAGUAAUGCAAGAAACUUCUCUGUUCCUUUUAUCAAGGUAGUAGGACCUCCAAGACAAGGAACAUUUUUGUUUGUGGAUUUUUUUGUUUGUUUUUUGGGCUUUGGAAUAGAAAAGAGAAGUUUGUUAGAUGUUUUUAUCUUAGUUAACUUCAAGUUCUCUGAAAAUGGUGAUUUUAAAAUCCAUUACUUCUGCCAUAGUUUCCAUCUGUCUUGAGCAAAUCAUCCUGUUAUUUAACAUUUAUUUAGUGCAUAUCCAACAUUAAAAGCAUCAUAGUCUCCUCAUUGUUUAGCCAACAUGAUCUACAGCUUUCUUAAAUGCCUAAAGCAAGAUUUUAACCUGACAGUAUUGGAUAUAUAAAUGAUGAUGGGCUCUUUUGCUAUAUAGAACAAGAUAUAAGAAAUCUAUUUUCUAGCCUUUAAAAAAAAAAAAAGGUAAGCCACAAAGAACAUGGAAAAGGUCAAUGGUUGGGGAAAAAAU